UGGCCUAGACCUCAGUGGAGUAGCGAUCCUUCCGUCACCACUCAUUUCACAAGUCGCGCAGUCACAAUGUGCCUUCGUCAUCACGAUACUCGCAACGUGUGUCCGGCGCGUUCGCAAGUAAUUGUCAGUUUCUAACUCUAUGUGAUGUUGCUGCUGGUUCCGUACCGGGGUGCAUACGCUUUUAAUAAGGAAGUCCCGAAGGUUAAAAUGCGUCCCCCCUCACCCGAGCCAGUACCAUAACCUAUCUCCCACAUGUCGGUAUUAGACGCAUUCAAGCUCAAGUCGUACGACCUCGAACCUGUGUAUGCGGCUUGGGAGAACCCACCUUUGUUCUCUGGGGACGGAAGAGACGAGUCGGUUGAUGAUUGGCUGAAGAAGGUCAAGGAUGGAUGUCAGGAGAAGAACGUACCGAAGGAAUAUUGGCACAAGGUCGCACAGAAAUACAUGGGCGAAAAGGCGAAGGCAAGGUUGGAAGAGCUCAAGGUCGUUAUGCGCAAAGUGCAUGGGGGAAACUAUCGGUGGAAUUGGCAGAAAUUCAAGAUCGCUAUGAGGAAUUUGGAAUGGCAUAUCGAUGCUACGGCGACGACAACCGUUAAAGUACAUGCCAAGUCGUCUGGGCAUUGGUGGACGACGCGGAAGAAGGAUGAGCCCGAAAGUCCGAUAACUGAAGAACCGGUGAACGAUCUCCAGAUAUCGAAAAAGGAGAAGGAAGUGAAGAAAGAGCGACCCCCACCAUUAACUGGCGCGAAAUCGACGUCGGGUGAUUUUUUCAGACCUCUACGGAGAGCAUCAACGACGGAUGCAGCAAGACCACAGGUGCAGAAGGCUAAGUCAGACCUAACGGUGACCUGCCCUUCACCAACACGGUCGUCGACGACUGAUCAGACGGUCACAACGGUGGCCAACGCGCCGGUUUGGCUGCUUAAUGCGUGCAAUGCACUAGAUUUCUUGACUAGUGAACAUCCCAAAGUGAUGAGCACGAUUAGCGCUAUCCUUAUAACGGCUGGGAGUUUGCCGGCCAUUCCAGCUGUCGCUGCGGGUGCUGGUGGUGCCGUAUUGGCUUCUGGAGCUGCGCAGGCUGUCGGUGCUAUUGCUGUUGGGCUCGGAAGCUGGCUGAGAGCUCAGCAGGAUGGACACACGAUGCACAGCCCGACUACUACGAGCUCGGUGAAAGAAAUAUCAUGAAUAUUCAUAUGUACGUCGCAUGUAUGGUUCGCACUUUGUACAUGUACAAGUAGAUGUCAUUUUUUCGUCGCACUCCUAGUCCUAGAAUACCAAAGUGAAAAUUUAGCAU